CUAAUUGUUCCAGACAAAUAUCAAGAUAAAAGGCCGAGAAGAGCGAGGCCCGCUCAGCCUGUGGAGACUGCGGCUAUGCAUCUCAGCAGCUCCAAGAGCGGAGCAGUGCUGGGUCCAGCUUCCCAAGGUCCUGAUGCCUAUCAAAUGAUAACCAGAGGCCAGCUCGGCCAGGAUCCGCCACAAAGAACAGUACUAGGGGUGCUGACUGAGAAUGGGCAGUACAGGAGGACCUGUGGCCAGGGGCUCACAACACUCAGGUGUUUUUCUGGAUCAGAAAAUGUCUGGCCUCCAGCUGGAAAGACAGCGCUCUCCGACCACGGAGUUCACGUGCCCGCCAAGCAAGGAUUUGACAUCUACAUGGAUGAACCUGAGCAGGGGGACAGAGACAGCUGCGUGGGGCAAGAGCGGAUGGUGUUUGAGGAGCCCUACGAAGUAGACACCAGCACACUCAACUCAGACCUUCACUUCCUGCUGGAUUUUAACACAGUUUCCCCUAUGCUGGUGGAUUCAUCUCUCCACCCGCAGCCUGAAGAUGCAUCAGAUUUUGGUACAGAUGUGAUAAAUGUGACUGAAUAUGCUGAAGAAAUUCAUCAGUACCUUAGAGAAGCUGAAGUAAGACACAGGCCCAAGGCGCACUACAUGAAGAAGCAGCCAGACAUCACGGAAGGCAUGCGCACGAUUCUGGUGGACUGGCUGGUGGAGGUGGGGGAGGAGUACAAACUCCGGGCAGAGACCCUCUACCUGGCCGUCAACUUCCUGGACAGGUUCCUGUCGUGCAUGUCUGUUCUGAGAGGGAAACUGCAGCUCGUAGGAACGGCAGCUAUUCUGCUGGCUUCGAAAUAUGAAGAAAUAUACCCACCAGAAGUAGACGAGUUUGUCUACAUAACCGAUGACACUUACACAAAACGACAACUGCUGAGAAUGGAACACCUGCUCCUGAAGGUCCUGGCUUUUGAUCUGACGGUGCCAACCACCAACCAGUUUCUCCUUCAGUACUUACGGAGGCAGGGGGUGUGCGUCAGGACUGAGAACCUGGCCAAGUACGUAGCAGAACUGAGUCUCCUUGAAGCUGACCCGUUUUUGAAAUAUCUUCCUUCACUGAUAGCCGCAGCCGCUUACUGCCUGGCAAACUAUACUGUGAACAGGCACUUCUGGCCAGAAACCCUUGCUGCAUUUACAGGCUAUUCAUUAAGUGAAAUUGUGCCCUGCCUGAGUGAGCUACAUAAAGCGUGCCUCGUUAUACCCCACCGGCCCCAGCAAGCAAUCAGGGAGAAGUAUAAGACUUCAAAGCACCUGCACGUGUCCCUCAUGGAGCCACCCGCAGUCCUCCCUCUGCAGUAAGUUCUAGAACUGAAGCACUUUCGGAACUUCACCUCUGGAUCAACACAACUGGUCUUAAUUUUCACAGGUUUCCGCAGGUUGGGUCAACUAGUGUUGCUAUGACAUAGAUGACAUGUAUUUUUUUUUAAUGUAAAUGUAUUUAGGUUCCCUUAGACGUUAGUAGCUUUUAAUAUAGUCUGACAGUGUCUAAAGAAUAAACAGCUUGUCUUCUGACCAUGUGUG